UAUGAAGUCAUGGCCUCGCUUACUGAAAUGAGAUAAAUGCUCGAAACCAUCGAUCUAAACAGUACAUUUCUACUCUAUGUAACACCUAUAUUUAUCGAGUGCUCUUAUUUGGUACCAUAUAACGCAACCAAAUUACGAGUGCACAACCGAUGUUCGCUCAUAGCUUUUAGAGCUCCGGUUUGUCCCCUCACAGCCGCCAUAGUAGAAAAACAAACAUGGCAGCCACCUUGUGGUCUCAAGCCAUGAAAAGAUGUUCAGCACAUUCGUGUGCCGCUGUUGCUGUUAGGAGGACUUUAACUUCAGGUGCGGCCACUCCAUCGGUCUUCACCAGGUUCUUAUUAAAACUCGGGCACCAGUUCUAUGAUGUGGAGUACGUGUUGAAUUGGAACAAUUGGUUGAGGUCACAAGCAGUCAAACGCAAAAAUAGCUUAUUUGGUUACACACAGAAGAAUUUUGGGAAUAAUGUGGCAGCAGCCUAUUAUAUUCUGACUAUCAGAGGGAGCUUAAGAUUCGCUGGCCAGUCAGAAUGGUUUCGUCCAUCCUCUAGAGGAAGAUUCAGCUACGACUUCAUGAGCACACCUGAUGCACAAAUUGAGGAAGUGGAUCUGAGUGGCACCUUAAUAAACAACAAUGGACUUGAAAACCUUGUGGAACAGGAUAAACUUCAGACUCUCUCUCUGCGAGGAUGUCCUGAAGUGGAUGACUGGUUCCUUGCACGUCUGCAUGUCUUUGCAGAAAGUCUGGUGGAGUUAGACCUGUCUCGCUGCCCCCGUAUCACGGUGGGAGGACUUGCUGCAUUGCAGAACCUCAGGAAGCUAGAACGGCUGGAUAUUUCUGAACUUCCACUGCUGCAGAAUCCAGGCCUUGUACGGAUUCUAUUGGAGGAAAUGCUGCCGCACUGCCAGGUCACUGGAGCUGAAUACAAGCAGGGCUUGAUCCAGCCAGAGCAUCAUUAAACUUCCACACACACUGGACUUGGACAUCUAUAAACUAUGUAGCUGAUGACAUUGGAGAUUCUAUAUUAUUGUUUGUUAAAACUAUGUAAAAUGCAUUGUAUAUAUGGACAUGGGCAAGAGUUUGAAUCCUGUACUGUACUAUGCUACCAUUUAUUUAAAAAAACAAAAAAGUACUGGUGACAGGUUUAAAAUCUGAUUAGCCAGACAGAGUAAAUCCUGUAAUCCUUUUUAUGGAGGUGUAAGGAUAUUGGAUGGAUCUAAGUGUUAGAAAGACUGAGGCACAUACACAGGAAAGUUGGAUGAAGAAACCUGACUCACGGUAAAUUGUAAACAAUUAACUUUAGAUCAGAAAAGAAAAUAAAUGUUAGUCUUUAAA